AGCCGGCGAGGGGGCCCAGCCGAGCGCGGCGCACUUCCGGGACGCGGCGCGCCGGCUGCUUUCCGUCCGGUCUCCCCUGCAGUUGUCUCGGCGGGUCAAGUCAGGAGGAACAGUGCGUCCCGGAGACCUCUGCGCACAUAGAGAAGGGAGCGCUCGCCUCCUUGGUCGCCAGCUGAGGCCCUGGAGGAGGGCGCGACGGAUAUAGGGACUCGAGGUCCGCCGUGGGAAUGAUCCACGAACUGCUCUUGGCUCUGAGCGGGUACCCAGGGUCCAUUUUCACCUGGAACAAGCGGAGUGGCCUCCAGGUGUCACAGGACUUCCCAUUUCUUCAUCCCAGUGAAACCAGUGUCUUGAAUCGCCUCUGCCGGCUGGGCACGGACUAUAUUCGCUUCACCGAGUUCAUUGAACAGUACACGGGCCAUGUGCAGCAGCAGGAUCACCAUCCAUCUCAGCAGGGCCAAGGUGGGUCACAUGGAAUCUACCUCAGGGCCUUCUGCACGGGGCUGGAUUCAGUUUUGCAGCCUUACCGCCAAGCUCUACUUGAUUUGGAACAAGAGUUCCUGGCUGACCCCCAUCUCUCCAUAUCACAUGUCAAUUACUCCUUAGAUCAGUUCCAGCUCCUUUUCCCCUCUGUGAUGGUUGUAGUAGAACAAAUUAAAAGUCAAAAGGUUCAUGGUUGUCAAGUCCUGGAAACAGUAUACAAACACAGCUGUGGGGGGUUGCCUCCUGUCCGCAGCGCACUAGAAAGGAUCCUGGCCGUGUGUCACGGGGUCAUGUAUAAGCAGCUCUCAGCCUGGAUGUUACAUGGACUCCUCUUGGAUCAGCACGAAGAGUUCUUUAUCAAACAGGGUCCAUCUUCCGGGAAUGUCAGCGCCCAGCCAGAAGAGGAUGAGGAGGAUCUGGGCAUUGGGGGACUGACAGGAAAACAACUGAGAGAACUCCAGGACUUGCGCCUGAUAGAGGAGGAGAACAUGCUGGCGCCAUCUCUCAAACAGUUUUCUCUGCGAGUGGAGAUUCUGCCGUCCUACAUUCCAGUGAGGGUUGCUGAAAAAAUCCUCUUUGUGGGAGAAUCUGUCCAGAUGUUCGAAAAUCAAAAUGUAAACCUGACCAGGAAAGGAUCCAUUCUGAAGAACCAGGAGGACACUUUUGCAGCAGAGUUGCAUCGUCUCAAGCAGCAGCCCCUCUUCAGCCUGGUGGACUUUGAGCAGGUGGUGGAUCGUAUUCGCAGUACUGUGGCCGAGCAUCUCUGGAAGCUGAUGGUGGAAGAGUCAGAUUUACUGGGUCAGCUGAAGAUCAUUAAAGACUUUUACCUUCUGGGACGUGGAGAACUGUUUCAGGCCUUCAUUGAUACAGCCCAACACAUGUUAAAAACACCACCCACUGCAGUAACUGAACAUGACGUGAACGUGGCCUUCCAGCAGUCGGCGCACAAGGUGCUGCUGGACGACGACAACCUGCUCCCUCUGCUGCACCUGACGAUCGAGUAUCACGGCAAGGAGCACAAAGAUGCUACUCAGGCAAGAGAAGGGCCUUCUCGGGAAACUUCUCCGCGAGAAGCCCCUGCAUCCGGCUGGGCGGCCCUGGGUCUUUCCUACAAAGUGCAGUGGCCACUACACAUUCUCUUCACCCCUGCUGUCCUGGAAAAGUACAAUGUCGUUUUCAAGUACUUGCUGAGUGUGCGCCGGGUGCAAGCUGAGCUGCAGCACUGCUGGGCCCUACAGAUGCAGCGCAAGCACCUCAAGUCCAACCAGAGCGAUGCAGUCAAGUGGCGCCUCAGAAACCGCAUGGCAUUCUUAGUGGAUAACCUGCAGUACUACCUCCAGGUAGAUGUGCUGGAGUCUCAGUUCUCACAGCUGCUUCAUCAAAUCAAUUCGACCCGAGACUUUGAAAGCAUCCGAUUGGCUCACGACCACUUCCUGAGCAAUCUGCUGGCCCAGUCCUUUAUCUUGUUGAAACCUGUGUUUCACUGCCUGAAUGAAAUCUUAGAUCUCUGCCACGGCUUCUGCUCACUGGUCAGUCAGAACCUGGGCCCACUGGAUGAACGUGGGGCUGCCCAGCUCAGCAUCCUGGUAAAGGGCUUUAGCCGUCAGUCGUCCCUCCUAUUCAAGAUCCUCUCCAGUGUUCGCAAUCAUCAGAUCAACUCGGAUUUGGCUCAGCUACUCCUACGACUAGAUUAUAACAAAUAUUACACCCAGGCUGGUGGCACUCUGGGCAGUUUCGGGAUGUGAGAAUUUCUGGUCCACAACCUGAAAUAAUCCCACUGCAUUGUGACAGAAGAUUCAAAACAAACAUCCCCUUUCUCUCGCCGGCCUCCGUACAGCUGCAGCUACUAGAAAAGCUCUGACUUCUCUCCUAGAAGCCAUUACUGAACAUCCACGGGUGCAAGUCCUUCCCCUGGUUCCUGUGUGGGAGGGGCCUCUGCCCCACCCCCGCAGAGUUCUCAACUCUGUAGCUUGUAGCUUCGGCCCACCGCUGACCAGGCAAGGUCUGUUACGUUGGGAACAUUUGUUGGAGGUUACCUACUACAUGCCUAAGUACUGUUCAAGCUUCGAGAGACACAGCAGUAAGUUACACAGCUCAGAACAUUAUAUGGCUCAUGUGAGAAAGGAAUUAUAAACAGGUCGAAUGCUGGAUGUUACCACUGAGCAAGAAAAACACCACGUAAGCUAGGUUUGCCCACAGACCUCCUUUCCUCUUUCAGAAAUUGAAAUGGAGAGUCUCCCAUCCUUAAGGGUCUUCAACUGUGACUGAAGAAUUCUACCAGUAACUUCCAGUUAUUUCAGACUGUUAAGAAUGUAUUUUUUUUUUAACAAAGAGAAAAGGGUCCUUACGGGAAAAAAAAAAAAAGAUUUCAAAUACUUAAAGAUGCAGGUCUGAUUAUCCCUUAUUAGAUGAACCACAGGAGUAAUAUGCCCAGCCAUCACUGAUAACCAUCAAUCUUCAUAUCAGUAUGAGCCAAAAUAAAUAUGCAUUGGACAACUGCCUCCAAACUGAAAGAUAAUUCUGGCUUCACUCAAUCUGGCCCUUGUCCAUCCCUCUUCUACCACAUAUAGACAUCUAUCCCCUGUAACUGUUAGCUAAAGAUGACCCUUCCACUGCUGCCUCUGGAGCAGAGGUUAGCAUUACUAUGGUCAGCCUGUUUUUGUAAAUAAAGUUUUAUCGGCACACAGCCACACUCAUUUGCUUACCUAUUGUCUACAGUUGCUCUCAUGCCAUCAUAGCAAAGAUGAGUAGUAGUGACACACCAAAUGGCCCACAAAGCCUAAAAUAUUUACUAUUUGGCAGGAGGAAAAGAAGGUAUUAGAGAUUUAAGCCUUGAUUUAGAGAAUGAGAGGACAUUUAACAGGGAUGAUGCUAGGAGUAGAAAAGGAACAG